UCAACUGCAGGAGAUUUGUUCUGUGUUUGCGGCUGCGGCCCUUAUUAUCUCUUGUCAGUGACAGGAGUAGCACCUCGGCGAGCAGCUGGCCCGUAAUCGGCACAGAAAGCAGUCGGCCUCCGGUAGUUUGUGGUUGUAAACAAAUUGAUUAACGGGUUUACAAGUGGAGCGAGGUUGUUUAAGAUUUAACAACUGAAUUCCAGGUUGCAUCAUCUAUCCUAGAAUCCCUGAUCACCAUGGCACUUGAGAGGCAAUGCCCAGGAGGCGGCCCUCCCCUCAUUUAUUAGGGGAGCUAGAACCCCCUCUUCACAGCAGGUUGUCCCUUUACACCCACUAACAUGCAUCAGGGCGCUUCAGACGACUGCAAGCAGCAGCCCAUGCAAGUGACACCCAGGAGCCUGAUCCUCAGCUGCAGGGAGGUUGACAGGAGAGCAGCCCUCCUCUUCCAGCUGGUAAACAGCUCCUGAUUCAAACCCUUUUCAUCUUCAAUAAGUCAUUAGUUAUUAUUGUGCCAUCUCGUCCGGUCUUUGCCUGGACCCAGGAGUAAAAGAUGGAGUCAGUGGGUAAAUUUGAGUUCAGCCGAAAAGAUCUGAUCGGACACGGAGCCUUUGCUGUUGUUUUUAAAGGCAGACACAAAGAGAAACAAGAUUUGGAAGUUGCUGUAAAAUGUAUCAACAAGAAAAACCUAGCUAAAUCCCAAACUCUUUUAGGGAAGGAGAUAAAAAUUCUAAAGGAGUUAAAACAUGAAAACAUUGUCGCCUUAUAUGACUUCCAGGAACUUGCUAAUUCAGUGUACCUGGUUAUGGAGUAUUGCAAUGGUGGUGACCUAGCGGACUAUCUCCACACUAUGAGGACCCUAAGUGAAGACACAACCCGGAUCUUCCUUCAGCAGAUUGCAGGAGCUAUGAAAAUGUUGCACAGUAAAGGAAUCAUCCACAGAGAUCUGAAACCACAAAACAUCCUCCUGUCCUGCUCAGGGGGGCGCAAGUCCAACCCUAAUAGUAUACGCAUCAAGAUUGCUGAUUUUGGGUUUGCACGUUAUCUCCAGAAUAAUAUGAUGGCAGCUACUCUCUGCGGAUCCCCCAUGUAUAUGGCCCCAGAAGUCAUUAUGUCCCAGCAUUAUGAUGCCAAGGCAGACCUGUGGAGCAUUGGUACCAUUAUUUUCCAGUGUCUGACUGGCAAGGCACCUUUCCAGGCCAGCAGCCCUCAGGACCUUCGUCUCUUCUAUGAGAAAAACAAGAACCUCACACCCAACAUCCCGAGAGAGACGUCAUGUCAUCUGAAGCAGCUACUUUUAGGACUUCUCCAGCGGAACCAAAAGGAUAGAAUGGAUUUUGAUGAUUUUUUUCAUCACCCAUUCUUGGAUGCAGGUUCCUCCAUGAAAAAGUCUUCACCUGUGCCAAUGCCCUCAUAUCCCAGUUCAGGAUCUGGAAGCUCCUGUAGCAGUUCUUCAACAUCACACUUAGCGUCUCCUCCUUCCCUGGGGGAAAUGCAGCAGCUACAGGAGAAAACUCUUGUCUCACCCAUCCCCGAUUCUCCAGGAUUUCUCCAGGGAUCCAAAGAGUCAGCAGGAAGCAGUAGCAAGAAUUCCUCAUGUGACACUGAUGAUUUUGUCAUGGUACCUGCACAAUUUCCAAGUAUCCCAGGUGACCUUGGUACAGAGGCAGCUACAGGCAAAGUCAUCCAAGAUACUUUAAUGUACAGUGGUUCCCUGCUGACAUCUACUGGCCUGGAAAGUCGAGCUCAAACACCCUCCCCUACACCUCCCUACAGCUGCUCCCCCAGCCCAUCCCGGCUUGCUCAUCCAUCUGGCAGCAGAUAUGGCCAGUCAGUCCCUAUUCCAGUACCAACACAAGUCCAAAAUUAUAGGCGGAUAGAGCAGAAUUUGCAGUCGCCCAAUCAGUACACACCGCCUAGGUCAUCAGGUGCGGUGCGGAAGUCUAGCAGUAACAGUCCCGUCAGUUUCAUGCGAGCUGGCACAUCUCCUCCCUUCCACAUAGAGAAUACUACUGCUCCCACACCAAGGAGGCUUUCCUUUGGAGGUGCAAAACCAUAUAUCCCAUCUCCACAAGUGGGAACAAUCCCAGAGCAGCCUGGACAACACUUAACAUGUAGCCCAGAGACCAGAAACAGAAGUCCUGUGUAUGGCAUGACCGUUCCUGUUCAGAACUCUCGUGGGAUGGGAUCACGUCUUCAUAGUGCCCCAAAUCUAUCUGACCUGCAGCCACUGAAACAGAAAAUUAAGAAGCAGCACUCUGACCCUGUGAUGCCUCCUGAUGGUCAGUCAAUGCCCAACCAGCCUCAGCAAGUCCACUGUCUGCAGUCCAAUCGCCCACUCAGAUCCUCCCCCAAAUUGUCAGACUUCAUACAAAGAAGCCCGCUGCCCACUAUACUGGGAUCACCCACAAAGAAUAUAUCCACUUUUGAGUUCCCAAAGGGCCACAACUCUCAGAACCUUUUGGCUCUGCUAACUCACCAGGGGGUGAUGGUUCCACCCACUAGGAACAAGACUCUUCCUGACUUGAAGAAUAUCGGUCACUUUCAGUGCCAACAACCCAGCGUGGGGCUACGUCCUGUGGAGGAAGUGAAAGGACCCUUUGGCAGAUCUCUUAGCACAGGCAGACUCACAGAUCUCUUGCUUAAGGCAGCCUUUGGGACACAGGUGUCUGAUGUAGGCAGCACUGACAGUCUCAAUGCAGAGAAACCCAUGGAAAUAACUGCUCCGUUAAUUGGUUAUGGAGGUAACAUACAUUGUGGCGCCCAGGGUGGGUACUCCACAAGCCCAGCUCCAGUUAUGUUUACUGUCGGUUCCCCUACUGAUGGCACAACUCCUCCCCAGACGACACGGACGCGGUUGUUUUCAGUGGGAUCUUCCAGCUCUCAGAGUUCUGCUGGCUCAUUUACUGGCAGACACCUUGUAGUUGGCACAGGUGGAGAAACAUUUGAUGCUCCGUCAAGUCUCAGGUGCAACUUUCCAGACACAGGGGCAUCUCAUGCAGAGGGAGUUGUUAUGUUUGAAGUGCCUGAAUUACCUGAGGAGACUCUGAUGGAGCAAGAACACACAGAUACACUGCGCAUUCUCCGCUUUACACUGGCCUUUGCCCAUUCCAUUAUAGAAAUUGCAACACUCAAAGGAAGCUCCAUGGAUACAAGUGCGUCAGUGACCUCUGAAUAUCAAAUGCAGGAGAGUGUUGUGGCCGAUCAGAUCAGCCUCCUGAGUCGGGAGUGGAGUUACGCAGAACAGCUGGUUCUUUACCUCAAAUCUUCUGAGCUCCUCUCUAGUGGAUUACAAACUGCUAUGGAGCAAGUCAAAAAUGGCAAACUGUGCCUCUCCUCUACUGUUAAACAUGUGGUGAAAAAGCUAAAUGAGCUGUACAAGUCCAGUGUGUCUUCCUGUGUCUCCUUGAAUGCACAGCUUCAGAGGUUCUUCGCUGACAAGCAGAAGUUGAUGGACCGGAUUAACAGCAUCACAGCCGAGAAGCUCAUAUUCAGUUAUGCUGUCCAAAUGGUGCAGUCGGCAGCACUUGAUGAGAUGUUUCACCAUAGAGAAGAUUGUGUCCAGAGGUAUCACAAAGCUUUGCUGCUGAUGGAUGGACUGCUCAACUUCAUGACUGAACAGGGAGAUAUUGAAAACAUUAGCAAGUGUAAACUUUGCAUUGAACGCAGACUGUUUGCUCUACAGGGCGGUAUCUGUGCCUGAUUCCUGCUGCCCAGACUGUUCUAGCCACUUUCCUAUGCUUGAAUGGGGGUAGUAGAACCACUGUUUCAGAUUCUUCAGUAUGCAUCGGAUGCAACAUUUCAAGAUUUGAUUGCAAGGAACAGAGUGGAGUAGCAGCAUUUUCAGAUGAUCUUGUUGCAUAUUUUUGAAGUCCUCCACUAACAUUUUUUUUAUCCAUUAUGUGAGAACUAUUGGGACAGGUUGAGGAACACGCAAUGGUUAGACCAUAACAUGGAGCACUUUUCUUCAGCUUGACUUUGGCAAAUAACUAUAGAAGAAUGCCUUUUUCCCCACAUGGAUUAUAGGAACAAAUCUCUUCUACCCCUGUUUCCUUAUAAUAAUUUAUUUUCAAGAAAAUUACCAUAAUAUCUGUAAAAGUUUCAGACAAACUUGUCAUAGGACUUAUUGGUGAAACGUUCUAAACCAAAAACGUUAUCAUGCUCUGAUGGUUUGGAUGGGAGAACUUGUAUGGCAUCGCAAGCUGAAGGCCAGAAGACAAGGUGUAUGAAGGCAGCUGGUUUGCAAGGCACUUUGUUAAUCUUUGCUUCCUUGUGUGCAUUUCCUCCAUCUCAGCAGUAAAUGAUCUUACUACAGUAAUUCAUGCAGCACAGUGAGGUCACGUGUUUCUAACAAGACUUUCUGUUUGCUUCUAACAGACCACAGCUCAAUUUGCACAAAAGCAAAAAUGCACAAUUCCACAGUGUAAAAAAAUGUGUAUGGGUCCUGGCAAAGAGGAGGAUAGUUAGUAUUUUGUUAUGCAUAUAUGGGGGAACCAUGAUGGAUACACCUCUACAGUAGGAAUUAAACCCAUAUAGACUUUACACAAGCUAUAUGCAAGCCAGGAACUUUUAUAGUCAAUGAUUUGCUGAGCACAUCCUCUGGAUUUACCCUUGGCAUCUGGCUAUAGAAGUGCAUUUGACUAUAUAAGGCACAGUGGGACUUGGUUGCAAGUAAAUACAGUGCACCACAGCUUCAAAAAAAUGACUAUGGACUUCUAAAACAAUGUUAGCCUCAUAAUGUAGCAAUGUGGGAUGGAAUUUUCCUUUAGUUAUAGUAAUUUGUUUGAUCAUCAAUAUGCCAUCUCUGAGUUUUACUACUUUAAACAGAAUUUGCUGCAGAAAACUGCAGGAACAUUCCUGUUAUGCCUUCUUGUGAGGAUUAAGCCAGUUGUAUCUGCAGCUCAUAAAGAUGGACAACAAAGGGUUACAUUGUGCGAUGAUUAUCUACAUAGCUUUGCACUUCUGCAGCCUAAUUUAGAAAACAAAAUUAAAAAAGAAAGAAAAAAAAAACAGAUUUUAGUUUUAAUAUGCACUUUAUUUGUGAUGAAGAUGAUGGAAACCUCAACCAAAGGGAUUCAAAAUUGAUGCAACACAUAUUCUACAUAUGAGUCAACUGUUUUGUUACAAAGUAAUGCGGUGUGAUAAUAAAAUUGCAUCAGUUUUGAGUCGGAGCAUUUGGCUGAACUCCUUAAGCUGCACGAACUUAGUAGUUUUAUUUUAGUCAAGGACACUUCCCUGUUUUCAUUUCUUUUUAUAUUACACUACCAGUGUAUUUAUGUCUUUGUAUAUAUAAAUAUGUAUGUAUAUAAUGUAUUUUCUCUGAAAGCUAUGUUGAUGUGUAAAAUGAAAAAGAGCAGUUAAUAUUGGCUUUUCCAUUUCCUUUACUGCCUUGUCUUCCCAGCAGCGUGUGAAAAAGUGUCUCAAUGAAGGAGCUAGCUGGCUCUCCGCUUUAAUGUGUUCCCAGUGAUUUGUUUUACACGCAGGAGUAUAUCAAAUUUAAUUUAAUUUUGUCAUUUUAAAGGGGCUUUAAAGACUUUGAGAUGGUAAUAUAAAAUUAUAAAUCAUAUAUAUAAAAAAAAGUCUGCCAUAUACUUUCAUUAUUUAUUUUGUCUCCAUUCCCUUUAAUUCCAUUCUAAAAUUGUGAGCAUUUCAGUUCCUGUUAGAAAUGAAAGUGCAGAACACUGUUAUAUUCCACACACCAAUUGGCUGCAUAUUCUAAUGACCUACUUAUAACUGUCCCUAAUUGGCCACAGCAGAGAAGGUAACCUAAGUUACAAUAUGGCAGCUUGCGUUGUUUUAAAGACACUAACAUUUUACACUUAUUUUGUCAAUAUUUAAACAGCUUAUGAAACUGUAAAAAAAUUCAUCUACAUGUUAUUCUCAGACUAAUCUUUUCAUUGAAUGCAUCAUUCUAUCUAGCAUUUUUUUAGUGUUUUAUGUCCCUUUAAAUAUCUGCUUUUGCUUGUUGAAAUGAGCACUUAUACUGAAAAUAUGAAUACUUUAGUUUUCUCUACAGAAAAGUUUUGUAAACAAGGGGCUACAAGCAUCAGUCAAGUUCCCGAGUUCCUGAUGGGGGGGGGGGGGGGAAUGAAAUAGAGAAUGCAAUUCAAAAGGAAAAUUGUAUUAAUUAUUAGCCAUUAUGUAUAGUCAGAGAUAUAAGAUAAGGAGGCCUUAAGGGGACAUUAAACACUAAAUAAAUCAUUGCAUGAAUGUUGUAUUCAAAGCAAAGAUUAGCCUGAGAAUAAUUUGUACUUGAAUUGUAAAAAGUAUAUUAGUUGUUUAAUUAUUGAGAGAGAAAAAAAAGGGUAACAUUCUAAGGUCCGUAAAGCAGUGGACGUCAUGUUAGACUUGGGUUACCUUUUCUUUUGAGGCCAAUUAGGAAUGGUUAUAAAUGGCUUACUAGAGUGUGCAACCAAUGGCUGUGUAGAAUACAGCUGUGUUUGAACUUCCAUGUUUAACAUGAAUUGGAAAGCCCACAAUAUUCAGAAUUAAUUUACAGGAAAGGAGAACAAAAUAAAUAAUGGAACUAUAUUCCAAAGUUGUUUUACUACAUGUAAUUUAUUUUAAUAUAUUGAGGUGUUCAGUGUCCCUUAAAUGUAUAGAGAGAUAGAAAAGAUUAGAAGUUCUGCAAUUUCUGUAGGCUCAGCCCAUUUAUAUGAACAUGACUAUGAGACAAUAGAUUGAGGAUUCAAUCAGCAAAAACUGCUAUUUAAUAUACAACAAUAUACCUAAAGGAGCAAUUUCCUGUACAUUUUAUAAUCUGCAGCUACUAUAACAAAGUCAUUGGGAACUCAUUAAUGAGAAACUAAUUGUAACCUACGUCUCCUUCAGUUUUAGUAAAGUUGCUUUCUCUCUAGCUUCAAACUGAUUUAAAAAAUGGUGUAAUAUUACUAUAAAAAGAAAAUAAUCUGUCGUAUUUAGACAGUGGCCAAAUUUAUUCUGGCAACAAGAAAAUCAGUUAUUAUUUCUAACCUGUCCCCAGAAUUUAUCCAAGUAAAAACAGCAGGUACAAAUGUAAAGUAGCACAGAGGCCACUAGCGGUAGUGCCACAACCCUUCAGUUGAUACAUUUCAACAUAGGCUUUAAAGGGAUAUGAAACCCACAUUUUUUUUUCUUUCAUGAUUCAGAUAGAGCAUACAAUUUUAAGCAACUUUGUAAUUUACUCUUAUUAUAAAUUUUCUUUGUUCUCGUGGUAUCUUUUGAAAAGCAGGAAUGUAAGCUUAGGAGCCAGCCCAUUUUUGGUUCCGAACCUGGGUAGCGCUUGCUGAUUGGUGGCUAAAUGUAGCCACCAAUCAGCAAGAGCUAUCCAGGGUGCUGAAAAUUGAUAAUAGGAGUAAAUUAGAAAGUUGCUUAAAAUUGAAUGCUCUAUCUGAAUCACGAAAGAAAUCAUUUGGAUUUCAUAUCCCUUUAUUGAACUUUUUAUUACAGAGAGGGUGAGAUUUUAUUCACUUUAAAUGGAAAGUAAAGUCAAACUUAAACUUUCAUAAUAAAUUAAUUUAGGAAGUUUUUUUGUUUUUUCUUCUAUUAUCAAAUGUGCAUUGCUUUCUUGGUAUCCUUACUUAGGAUAGGAUCAGGAUGUCUUUAGCAGAAUUUGCAACAAUACAUAACAUUAGAUACCAAGAGAACAAAGCAAAUUUGAUAAUAUAAGUAAAUUGGAAAGUUUCUUAAAAUUGUAUGAAAGUUUAAUAUUCACUUUCCUGUCAAUUUAGGUAUUGCUUUAUACAUUGAUACCUUAAGCAACAGGUCAAGUUAAAGAGAUAACCGAUCACAAAUGCUAGAAAUGUGCUCUUAUUCUGUUUAUCUCAAUAGUAGGUCGAUCACAAUCCCUUAGAAAAUGGUAUCAAAUUAUUCAUCUGCAAAACUCUCCAUAGAGGCCGAUUUAUCAUGCUCCGUACUGACCUGUUUCGGCUCGCCAAAAACAGGAGUUAAAGAGUCUUAAGACCGCUGCUCCUCUGAUUGACACCCCCUGGCCGCGAAUGUGCAGGGGCGGCAUUGCACAAGCAUUAGACUAAAAAUGCUUGUGCAAUGAUAAAUGCAGACAGCGUAUGCUGUCGGUAUUUAUCGAUGUGCGGCAGACACGAUUUUCUAUAGAACAUCAUUAGAUACACUUUGUAAAAAAUUGUGAUCGACCCCUAUAUUUAAUGUAAUCAGUAAAUUACUAUAUUUCCUUCUGGAGCAUUGAGACCUGAUGAACAUAACCUUGCUGGCAUGGAGAGAAAUUACUCCAAAUAUUUGGGGGCUUUUUAAGAGCAUUAUAUUGCAAAGUAUGCGUCUCUCCUUCACAUCCAGAACCCUGUACAGUUAGAUAAACAGCCCUCAUGCAAAAUUAAAAGCAACCUCACAGUACUGAUGAGACUUAUUAGAUCAUCUCGCCAGAGCGGAGAGCUUUAGAUCAUCAGCACCUUGGUGUGAUGUCAUUUUAAGGGUUCAGCAGGUAUGGUAACGACCAGCUGCUGUCAGUUUGCUUUGUAUUCAUGGGACAUUCAGAUCAUGUGUUGCUGCUUCCACCAUUGUUUGUUUUUUAAUACUUGAACUGUUAUUUACUUUUACUGUUCUUAGAGGAUAAAAUUAACCCAUUUGUUACUGAAAGAACACAGGAGAAAAGCUUUGUUACAGCUUUAUCACAAAAUGGCAUUUGGGAACAUAGGAGUUAAGUAGAUAACUUGCAUUUGCUACGAGUAGUUGGGUGAAUUUUUAAAAUUUUUUAUGUUGUACAUAACAUUUCUGCAAGGAUCUGGUAUUCAUUGCGUUAGCCAAAAAAAAAAAAAUCGCCUAAAUCCAUCAAGGAAGAAGUGUCCUUUUUAACCCUUUUGCUUCCAGAGCCUAAAAGUUGUUCCCAAGCAGUUCUUACUGUGAAGGAACAUCCCAACCUUAGGGCUUGCAAAGGUUAAUCAGUAUGUGCGUAGUCUGCUGUGUUUGGGUGUGUUGUGUGUGUAUAAUUGUUCAUUAGAACCUUAUCCUGCAAACGAAGUAUUAACCAAGUUGCUGGUUGGCACUGCAUUAUCCCAACUCUGAUUGGCAGCACAAUGCAGGGCAUUGUGCUGUCACUGGCACUGAGGUUGUUAAAGAUGUCUGCCAAGUAGUUAUAGCUGUACAAAAGACUUUCUGCUCCCUACUGUAUUGUACAGUCCAUAACCAGCCAUAUUAAUUGUCUGCUCACAUUAAUUGUGAUGGUUAACUUUAGUAUCUUUGUAACUCUUUCACUACUGUGUCGGAUAGCCUACGGUCAGACAUGAAAAGUUUUGUGCAGCAACUGGUUAAAAAAAAAAAGUCUUGCAAUGAAAUUUACUUUCUUGCCUGAAACUUGUUUGUAAAGUAAAUUUCAUUUCAUUAGCUUACUGUUGGAAAAAUAUAACAUAAUUUCUGCUUUUAUAAAAAAACAAAAAUCAUUUGGAUACUAUUGUUUGAGAGAUGCUGGGAGUGCUUAUGUGUGUUAGUUGUUUCAUGUUGAUAUAUAUAUAUAUUGUUUUUUCCAUUGUUUGAGUUUUGCAUUGAUUUGUUUUAUUUGUAUAUCUUCAAUAAGAAAAUAAAAAAAUAUUUAAGCUA